GACGACGUUGGCUGUUGGAUUAUCUGCCACUGCCUCCUCGCCUCUAUGUAUGCAGCAGCAAUUCACAGCAUUCUCAGCAGCAAGGUUCACAAUAUCACAGCAGCCAAGGCGUUAAUUAAUUAGCAAGAUGGCAAUUAUCAUCGUCAUCUCAGCACAAAUAAAUCUUACUGCCAUUAACAAGGGUGAGAUCAGCGCCUCUAAAGAAGUCAGAAAUCAUUUCAAAUUUCCACAAGGUUGCGGUAGCGUGGAGUUUAAGGUCAUCGACGAACUUGGAGAGAUGUACACGCUCAAAGCCAAGAGAAGAAUGAGGGGAGAUUAUCCUAAAGAAGCUAUUGCUGGCUUGAAAACUUACAUUCAAGCUAAAGGCUUGGUAGAAGGCGAUAGAAUUACCAUCUUCAAGGAGGAAAAGGAAGUUGCAGUAUUUGGUGCGGUACUCGGCCGUUCCGUACGCUACUCUAUCCGCCAUGAGAAGGCAGCCCAAGGCGGUGGAAACUUUACUGGUGCGGAAGCAGGUGAGCGCUGAUGAUCGGAAGCCUACUAUUUAUCUGUAGUCCUGUGUCUGUAUGCUAUCAGUUAUGCAUGCAUGGUUUUUAAUAAGUGGUGUUCUAGCUAGUAGGCGGCCUCGACACUCCUGUUGUUCUUAUCCCAUGUUUUAAUUCCCACGGCUUGUCUUGUUGCAGAUCAUAUAACAAGUAAUGAAUUUGUGUUUUUAUU